GACAAUAUUUUCGAGGUCGCUUCCCUCCCAUCCGCCUCACUCCAUCCUGCCAGCCAGAGGUUAGCUUGGACACACCGAAAAUGUGAUUUCUCUGUAACUACACAGGUCGGUUUAAUGUUUGCGUUUUCUGUGGCGCUGUGUGGAAACUCUCCGAGCGGGUGAAGGAGCGUAUGAACCGGAGCGACUGCCGUGUUUUUGGGGGCUUCUCCCGACGGAGGUUGUCGGACGGGACAGAAGAGCAUCGACUUUAGGUGCGUCCCAUCCCGUUGUCCGUCAGGACUCCGGGUUAUUUCUCUACCCCCAUCCCUAAGAUGCUGCCCUGCCUGUGGAGAGUCAUGCGGCCUGCCUUCUCCCUGACAGCCGGGAGAAGACUGUCCAGAGCCGGACACAGAAACACCCAACCACCCGCUGUAGUAUCAGGCUCCACAGGGCGGCUCGCCUCACAGCUCCCGCUGGUGCAGCGGUGUUACCUGGGCACACACCCCCUGAAGGAGCCCGUGGAGCCUCUUAAUUCACCCAGCGGAGCAAAGGACUUCAUCUACAGCCUUCAUCCGUCGGAACGUAGCUGUCUGCUGCGGGAGCUGCACAAGUUUGAGUCCAUAGCCAUUGCUCAAGGGCAGCUUGAAAUUGCACCACCUACUGCAGCCCAGUUGAGAUAUGUCCUGCUGCAUAACGCCAUCCCCUUUGUUGGAUUUGGAUUCUUGGAUAACUGCAUCAUGAUUGUUGCUGGCACACAGAUUGAGUUAUCCAUCGGUGUGGUUCUUGGCAUUUCAACUAUGGCAGCUGCUGCUCUUGGCAACCUGGUAUCGGAUCUGGCGGGACUGGGGCUGGCGGGUUACGUGGAGGCCUUGGCGUUUCGACUUGGCAUGCAGAUUCCCGAACUGAGCCCGAAGCAGGCGGAUAUGUGGCAGACCAGAGUCAGCUGUCACACGGGUAAAGCCAUUGGCGUGGGUAUCGGCUGCAUACUCGGUAUGUUUCCUCUUCUUUUCUUUUCUGAUGAUAAUGAGAAGAAGGAAGGACAGACGGAGAUGAAAGAUGAAACCGCACCUGCUCCAACAACAAGCAACAAAAACUGAAACUUACUCAGGACAGACUUGUAGUCCUCUAGACAACCUGACUGUUUAUGAAACUGACUGGUCUGUCCUCACCGUCUGGAGUGUAUGAGAACGGAUACUUCCCAAGAACCAAACUAUCAGGGUAUUCUGAGGAGGAUUCUACGUAAUAUAUUUGACUAAAGCACAGGAGACUUGUCAUGUGUUGGUGGAGUCCAGACUGGAAUGCUGCUAAAUCACACACCAUUAUAACCCCUCCCAAUCUGAUACAGACUCACACCUCCGCUUUAAAUCAUUUAAUUAUCAAGCACUGACUUUACAUCAUCGGAAGGUCAAGUUGGCUGACUGACAGUUGAAUCACUGUUUACAAUGUUGUAGCAGAGUUUGCUGCCAGUUCAGAGACACCAAACAAUACUAGAACAUAUUUAGAUGUAAGCUUUCUGUUACCUUAUAGUAAAUAGCAGUUAAUCACCUGAUGUACUUUCAAUUAUUUAUUUAUUUCGACUAUGCAUUAAAUGUUCACAUACAUUAGUUGAUAAGCGGUAACCUAACUGCACUGUUACUAAUAUAAAAUCCUUUAUAAGACCGAACAAACAGUGUGUUGAAGUGCAGAGGUGAGUUACCUGAGGUGUAUGCAUGUCUAACUUGCAUAACUUCAAAACUCUUUCAUUUAUCUCCCUCAGCUGAGCAGGAGCUGCCUGGAGAGCAACAGCACUAACUGUACCUCAGUUAUAAUGUCUGCUCUGCUGCCCUCUGCUGGUCAGCUACAGCUCAUGUUUUCUUUUAGUUUUUGUAGAGCUUCUUCACCAGUGCUGCUGAAGGGUUUUCACCUACGCAAUGGACCUGAUGUCAAGUAUUGUUCCCCUUACCACCUAGUGAAUCAACAUUUUUGUUUGUUUAUUUUUUGCAUGUGACGUUUAUCUAAUCAAGAAAGGUUUUUAUGAAUUUCUUGCUGUCUGGAAGUUAAAAUGAAAGAAAGCAACCAAAUACAGUGCUGUAAAUCAGUUUUUGUCCUCUUAAAGAGUUCAUCAGCUUUAUCUUUUUGUCAUAUAUAACCUGAGUAAAGUCCAACAAACUUUUUCAGACAUGUCUAAACCAACCUGGCCUCUUGCCAAAAAAUAUGUUAUAAAAUGGCCUAGCCAAAGUCUCAAUUUAAAUCAGAGACCUCAAACAGGCCUCUGAUGCUUAAAAACCCCUAAAAUGUGACUGGAUAUAAAUUCUACUUGAGAAGAAAUCUGAAGCGACCUGUGAGGGGGCAAAAACUUUCAUACAGCACAGUAUUUCUGCUAAGAACUUUAUUUAUUUGUGUUGUAAUAUUUAUAUUGUUUAUGAUACCACUGAAAAUAAUACAUCGAGACUCCGGAGUAUUCAUCACAAAAAAUACAUUUUUCUUCUAAGCAGAAAGACCUUUCAGCUGACUGCUAUGUGUUGCAGCUCAUGAUUAAAAUGAGUGAAUGCUGUCUAAAAACACUUCAAAUAGGGACUCAGUGUCUAAGGCUGUUUCAGUUUUGUACUGUGUGGAUAAUACAGUUCCUAACAACUCAUAAGAAUGAACAAAAUGUACAGAGAAAUUUACAUGUCUAUGUAGUUUCUUCAUUUUCAUCUUGCAUGCGUUAUAAUAAAUUCAAUGGUAAUAAAUAAAAGUGUUUAUCUCUCUAA